AUGCAAGCUGUGUCACAAAAUCUCGAAACCUUCAUUGCCGCCAGAGCCAUCCUCGGUUUCUGUACCAGUUUCUUGGCUCAACCGAGUCCUAUUCUCAUUACCGAACUUGCCUAUCCUACUCACCGAGGCAAGCUCACUGCUUUGGAGGAGGCCCGUAAGAUUCUGGUCACGUACCACGCCGUUGGUGACACAGAUGCUCCCCUUGUCAGUUUUGAGAUGGCCGAGAUUGAGAGGGCUCUGACGCACGAAGCCGACGCAAUGUCACAAAACUCCUGGCUAGAGCUCUUGCGCACAACCGCCAACAGAAGGCGGACUCUCAUUGCGGUCAUUGUUGGAUGGUUCGCUCAGUGGAACGGUGUCAAUCUCAUCAGCUACUAUCUUGUUCUUGUCCUGAACACGAUCGGCAUCACCAACGUGAAAGACCAGACUCUCAUUAAUGGCCUUCUGCAGAUCUCCAACUGGCUUGCCGCAAUAUUUGUUGGUGCUAUGCUUGUAGACCGAUUAGGUCGUCGUACAUUGUUCUUGGUUUCAAUAUGCGGCAUUUUGUAUAGUGAUUUUUAA